CGACUCGGUGCUACUUGUCCCCGAGUCUUACAUCUUCAUUAUGUCGGAGACUGCUCCAGCUCCCCCUGCUGCCGCCCCCCCGGUGGAGAAGACCCCGGUGAAGAAGAAGGCUGCCAAAAAGCCUGCGGGGGCGCGCCGCAAGGCGUCCGGUCCACCGGUAUCCGAGCUCAUCACCAAAGCGGUGGCCGCCUCCAAGGAGCGCAGCGGUGUGUCCCUGGCCGCGCUCAAGAAGGCGCUGGCAGCCGCUGGCUAUGAUGUGGAGAAGAACAACAGCCGUAUCAAACUGGGUCUCAAGAGCCUAGUGAGCAAGGGUACUCUCGUACAGACUAAGGGUACCGGCGCAUCGGGCUCCUUCAAACUCAACAAGAAAGCAGCUUCUGGGGAAGUCAAGCCUAAAGUCAAGAAGGCUGGAGCCGCCAAAGCGAAGAAGCCCGCCGGGGCAGCCAAGAAGCCCAAGAAGGCGACAGGGGCGGCCACCCCAAAGAAGAGUGCCAAGAAGACCCCGAAGAAGGCUAAGAAGCCAGCGGCUGCUGCUGUGGCCAAAAAAGUGGCCAAGAGUCCAAAGAAGGCCAAAGCUGCUAAGCACAAGAAGGCCGCCAAGAGUGCAGCUAAGGCGGUGAAACCCAAGGCAGCCAAGCCCAAGGUUGCCAAGCCUAAAAAGGCUGCACCCAAGAAGAAGUAGGUUGUUUGCGAAUGCCUGCUUCCAAAACCCAAAAGGCUCUUUUCAGAGCCACCACAGAUUUCAGAAAAAGAGCUUAACAUUUAUUACUCUGCUUGAUAGGGCUCUCUGAGCCCAAGGCACGCUUGCCGGAUGUUGCUAAAUCCUCUUUUACCUUUCUCUUCCCCAGGCUUGUUGGUAGGCUGGGAUGGUGGGGUGAAGAGGACUGAGUGACGGCCAAGACCUUCUCUACGGCUUUUCCCUAUUGCGCUCUUGGUUGGCUUCUUGGUCAGCUGUUCCAAGGCUCGGCUGCUGCUAGUGUACUUGGGAUAUCCGCCAGCCCCGCCCCACGCCAGUGAAAAGGAAAACAACCAGAAUUAACAAGAAAAGCUACUGCUUUAGUCUUAAGGGAAUCCCGAUUGGACUGAAAAAUCAUUCAAAAGUCCCGCUCUGCGCACGGGUUGGCCCACAACUCUAGCCCCUGAUUUUAAUCCUGAAUUUAAUUGGAUAAUAGGCCUCCUGUCCAGUCUGUUUUGCUUCAUUUAGGUUUAGAGUCUACGCUUUGCAUUUGUUUCAGAAAUGUGUCAGGUAUUUCCAUGUUCUUGAAAGUCUAGACGGUGUCUCCCUGGGGCAUUGGUAACAUCUAACCCUAGGAAGAGUGGGUGGAGGCGCCUUUGUUUUGCCAAACCAAAAACCUCUGCGGUCGAGUCGAUUCCGACUCAGCGAUUCUGUAGGACAGGGAUUUCCAAGCUUCAUAGGAUUUCCAAGGCUGUAAUCUUUACGGAAGCUGACUGCCACGUAUUCUCGGGUGGAGCGGCUGGUGAGUUCGAACCAACCGCCGUUUCUGUUAGCAGCCGAGCACUUAAACGAUGUGCUCAAGGGCUCUUGCAUUUCUCUGCUAAUUCUCCUUUGUGGUAGCAACAAAGGAUUAAAAUAGCAGCUACGGCAGCAGCAACCUUCCACCAGGGCGAGGCUGGACUCUUGAUCUUUCUGUUCCUGGUAUCGUGCAGCUUUUGCCAUAGUGUAGUGGAUUUGUUUGUAUCAAAAACAGAACUUUUAAGCGGCCAUUUUGUCGUGUCAGGCUGGUCUCCGAUCCACACUUUAAAUACAGGCUUCAAUAUCUGAAAAUUGAGGUUGCUUUAAGAGCAUUUUUGUGCAGUCCAAAUGUUUCAACGCCUAAGUUAUUGGUUAACUAUUGAAAACGUAUGCAUGGGCAGAGGGAUGUCUGAUAAAGGCCUUUAGUUUUCGUUAGCAAGGCUGUGGAUUCUUUUCAUAUACACGACUUUUCUCCUAGAUAAGGAAAGUGUAGUUCUGCUUUUUAUUCUGGUGGACACGCAUUUUCUUGAGACCCAAUGUCUGGGGACAGGGGGUCUGGAGACCUGAAACUCAGUUCUUUACCCAUUGCCCCAACGACGAAUCUAGUGUGCGUUAAUUCCCCCAUUAUAGCGGUGGUUCUGACCUUGGAGUUUACCUAACCACCCACUGCACAUGAAUUCAGACAUUUUAAUACUUUUUUAAAAUCAUAAAUAAGAAAUACCUCUUUAUUGUCACAAUACUUUUAAAAAAACUCUUAUGCUUUCUUUUAGUAAUUUUGUGUUAUUAAUUUUACAUUUAAAGUAACAGUUUUCUGUAUUUUAGUGUAAAGUUUAAUAUACGGAUCCAUCACCCCCGCCCCCGAUCAUUUAUAAAUUCUUCUAUCUCUGCCACCACCCCUUCCCCAUUUGAGAUGCCACCUUUCUCACAGGCUAAAUUCCAUGGACAGGUAGACUGAGUCUCAGGUCUCUAUUCUGUUCCUUUGGUUUCUCUGGCCAUUCCUAAAGUGUGACUACCCUGUUUUAAGUACUGUUUACAGUGUUACCUUCAUUGCUGAGAAUACAUGACUUGUAGUAGCUACUCAAAUAAUGAUGGAAUAACAGACGUUAUAAUAUGUUUUCAAUAGUUGAUAAGAUCAGUCACCUCUCAUUGCUAUUUUUCAGAGUUUUCCUUGUUAUUCUAUUUAUUGUUUAUUAAUUUUAUUUUUCCAUAUGUACUUUAUGUUGCCUUCACUUCUUACCCCCAUCAUACAUAAAAACCCUCAAUACUCUAGUUUUGUUGGAAUUAUGUUAAAUUUAUAAAUUAAUUUGGGGAAAACCAACACAUUUAUGAUGCUGAUUUUCCUAUUCAAGAACAUUUUAUAUUUUCCCAUUUGUUCAUGUAUUUUUGUAUUUGUUAGGAGAGUUUUAAAUUUUCUCAAAU